ACCUGAUGAAUGUAACUAGAAUCAACUAGAGAGCCAAGAUUAUACGACAGCUAGAUACAGGGGGAAGUACGAAUAAAGUGGGGGUGAAGUGAAGCUCUUUCUCCGGCACGCUCACAAUGUUUCACCAAGACCAGCGCAUGUCACUAGUCGUGCUCUUAGAGAAUACAACAUACCAACGCUGAACAGAUUCUGAACCUCUGACCGCCGUGUAUAACAGUUGAUUUUCACUCGUCUCUGCCCGUUCGGUGUAAUUUUCAUUGCCAAGACGCCAUAUUUAAGUUAACACCGUGGGUAAAGACGAACUUUCUGAAGACCAUUGUAACAAAAAUGAUUUAUUAAAAAACAAAAACAUUUAACACAACAAUAACUUUGCGAUAAGGUUAUUUAUUGUCUCCAUUACUGUUGACAAUGAAUGUUGGAAAUGAACAGUCCAUUGGAACAAGAUUUUGAUGGAUUUGAUUUCCCGGCCAAAAAUAAAAUCCGUACAGAAGAAUCGGAUAGUGAAUUACCAAUUAUUGAAGAGCCAAUAAACAUCACAAAACCACUGGAGUGUGGAUCCGAGGAUUUGCCACAGUGUGAAGUUUGUUCUCAACAAUUUUUAACAAAAAAAGAAUUGCGAUCACAUAUUACUCUUCAUCUAGGGCAACCAAGAAUAAUUUUAAAAAGGUGUACUAAUUUGCAAAACGUCAAGAAAAAGGAAAAAAAUACAUAUUGUCUAAGUCAAGAAAAAAAAGGAUCAUUAAAGUUGACACUUAAGAAACAAAAUCAUCGUAAUUUUGCUGUUAUCAGCAGAGAUUUAGAUCUUGACACGAAUAAAACACGAUUUGAAGAAGUGGCAGGUGGUAAAGAAAGUGAUGACCAUCCUGUGGAGAAAGAAAAUGAAGAACAAGAUGAAGCACAACAAUACAAUAAUGUGAUAAAUAAUGAAAACAGUAAAUAUCAAGAUGAUCAAUAUAAUAAUAAUGAUGAAGAAAACUUCACUGAUGAUAAUGGCAGACCUUCCAUGGAAAUUAAUGAAGGUGAUUCAGGUGUAGGAAGCGAUAUGGCAAAUACAUGUGAAAAAGAAGAUCAAAUUGUUGAUGAUUUACAAUCAAAUGAUCAACCAGAAGAUGAAACAAGCCAUAUCGUAGAAAGUGAAAAUCCUGAAGAAUCAGACCCUUUAGAAGCAACGUGUAGGGAAACAAUUGAAAAUUUAAAAAAAUUAGGGGAACAUUCAAGUUCGAUCCGAGAGGAUAUGUCGCCUAGGAGUGGAAAUAAAAGCCCUGACGAAUCUUCUGAAAUAAUAAACUCUCGUGUUGAGGAAGAAAAUGUACUUCAACUUUUAGCUAAAAAUUCAGCAAUUGAAAUUCGUGCACCGGAAAGAUUAAAAGUGAACAAAAAUAUUGAAAAAUCACAAUCAACUUUGAGCAUUGACUGGAGUCAGUUAUCAGAAGAUUCAGCAGAUAAAAAUGACAACAACUCGAGAAAUGAUAACAAUGAAAUUUCAAAGGAUAUUGGUGAUAAUAACUCAGAUCCAAAUGUUUUACUUCAUUCUUUAUUAAGUGAACAUAAUAGAAAAGAAGAUGAGGAGAGAUCACCAUCCCGUUCAUCACCAGUUGAAACAGAAUAUGUUCCGCUAGAAAAAUUAGCUGAGACUGUGAAUAAAUGUCGGGUGUGCAAUGAAAAGUUCAAUGAUAUAACACAGCUCGAUGAACACAAAUCUCAAGCUGGUCAUUAUCAGUGCAAUGUUCCUGACUGUUCAACAUUAGUAUUUAGCACACUAAUGGAAGUAUCAGUUCAUAAGUCUCAAGCUCAUGGAGCUUCAUUAUCACCAAGUAUAAGUAUUACUCCAACACAUGUGGCUCAAUCAUCUCCGCGACUCAGAGAAAAUUCUCCAAGUAUGAGUCACAGUAAUUCACCUCAUUUAGCAAAUCAUUCACCUCACAGUGUUAAUGUUGAACCAAUAAACCCUCUUCAAAUCAGUCGAACAUCUCCUUUAACUCAUCAAACACAUUCACCUACAUUUAAUUCUCAACAACAGAUAAUUCCUCCUGUAAAUUUUGAACAACUCCCGGCGCCAGUUCAACAACUGGCUCAACAAGUACAAAGAAUGGCACUACCUCAACCUCAAAUGCCGUCAUCUCUUCAACCAGGCUCUAAUACUAUUAUUCAUGGAGCAAAUUAUUUCGUUCCACCGCAAGGUCGACCAAUGUAUCGGAUAGCUGGACCCCAAGGAAUGCAAUAUCCAGCUCAUUUGGCACAUUUAUAUGGUGGACCUCCUCAAUACGGAGCUCCACCUUAUCCUCAAUAUCCUGCACCACCACAAAUGCAUCCUUCACAAAUGCCUCAACAAAUACCACGAGGAAGAUACCCUACGAUGAUUCCUACUACACGAGCUCCCCGAGCACCACCUCCAGCUCCUCCACAGGCUCCAGUGCCAAGGCAGAGAUUGAAAAGACCUAUUCAACCUACUCAACCGUCACAGAGAUCAGAUUUAAAUACUGUAGCCAAGCAAAGAAGAAUGGAUCUUUUAUUACCUGAUAGAAAUGAAGAUGCAGAUUGCCAUGUGAUUGCUCAGCAAAAAAGAAAUGAUGGAGUCCCAGUAAUACAAAAUGUUCAAGGUGCUACUACAAGUCAACCAACUAGUAGAAGUGAUUCAACUAUUCAUUUAACUGAUUCUAUUACUUUGAGUGUACGCCAACCAGGUUCCGCUCCAGCUCAAGUACAGAAUUCCGGUGCUGCCAGUGCGAAAAAACCUGAUGCCAAAGCAGUUGCGAAUGUUCUUGCAGCCAGAGGAAUUACAGUAACACCAACGGCAAAUAAAAACAAAACGGCAGAACAGCAAAAGCAACAAUCAACUUCAGCACAGCCACAACAACAACAACAACGAACUACUGGAAGGACAUCACCUCCUGUCAAUGUUACAGCGUUGAAUUUGAAUUCUGCAAUAUCUAUAAUACCUGCAAGCUCUCAAAGAAAACAAGCACAACAGCAAGAACAACAACAAUUUGCAGUACCUCAAAAUAAACAAAAUAAACCAACACAGCCAGAAGUUGAACGUCCACCAAGACCACCAACUGUCGAUCUGACCCAAGAUACGCCAACACCAACACCUGUGUUACCACCAGCAAGAAGGGGCCGACCCCCCAGGGCAGCGUUGAUGUGUCAAAUAUGUGAUAAAAGCUUUCAAAAUCAAGAAAUGUUGGUUCAACACAUGGCAACGCAUCGAACAAGCAAUAAAUUGUUGCAUAAGUGUAAUCUUUGUACGGCGCAAUAUCCAACAGCUCAAGAUUUAUUACUUCAUAAACAAAAUUACCACAAAGACGAUUCAAUAUCAACAAAUGGCAUAGAAUUGGCAAUUCCAGUUGUGGAUUUAAAAUCUCCUCAAACACUCAAUAGAUUAACGAGUUUAGGGAUUCAAAGUUAUAUUCCUCUAUCGCAACUUAGUGCACAAACCAAUGGUUAUUUUGGAUUACCCAUAAUAACUAUUGAUAGUCCAAGAAAUCCAAAUUCUUAUAAUUUAGCAGCACUUGGAGCUACAUCGAUAUUGAGUUUAGGGCCUUUAAAAUAUCUUUCUAACAGGUAACCAUAAUUAGAUAGAUAAUAAUGAUCAGUUUAAAAGCAUUUUUCAUUAAAUUUUUUGUUCUCGAAACCAUGACAAUUAAUUAUAUUUUCAUUAAAAAAAUAUAUAUAAUUUUAAAAAGUAGGAAAUACUUUAAAAUUAAUAAAUAAUUUAUCAA